UUAGAAUUGGCGAAAUAAUAGUUUAACGCAAAAAGAGAAAUCGUAUUCAACUUUUUCUUUGUCAUUGGUAUAUGGCUGUAACAGGAACUUUGUCAUAUGAAACGUUUUAAAUAUUCCUAGAAAUAAUGAUUACUUUUACUUUAUCGUGAUAAAGAUAGGCGCUUUUCGUAUACAUAUGAAUACCACUCGGGAAGUUUGACCGUCAUGCCGUGCACCUGACUCAUAACAAAUAAGAACUGCCAAAGAUACUAACUAGCGAUGGAGGUCACUUGUGACCGUGUAACCAAUGAUUGCAAAUCAGAUAUGGAGCUUGGCGAUCCUCCCAUACAAUGUUGCGGGUGGCAGGUGGAGGAUGUAAUAAAAUGGGCCAAAGAUUAUGAUAUGCAACCCGCAGUUAUAAACUGCUUGACCCUUGAACGCAUUGAUGGCAGUGAUCUUUUAGAAUUAAAUGAAAACGAUAUUCGAGAUUUUCGUUAUCGGCUUCAAUACAACCUUAGGAUGAGUGAUAUGAAAAAACUGUGGGUAGCUGUACGGACUCUACAACAGAGUCAGUUGCAUUCACCCCUCCAGCACGCUUGUACAUGUACGCAUAUGAGCACAUCCAUAUCAGCGGAUGGAUCGCCCAUAAAUCCUCACAAAGUUCGUGUAGCUUCUGGUUGCUACAACGUAGGCGCAUGUAGUUGUUCACUCGCUCAAACUGGUGGUAGUGGUGGGAAUUGUUAUUAUUCAGAUGUUUGUGCACCACCGCCAACUUUAAGUGGUAGUGCGGAAGGUGAUAACUUAUCUCCACCGAUGUCAGUUGAUGGGCGCGCUACCAACAUACCACCAGAGCUAUUUAAAACCGCUAUUAGCCUAGGAUACUCAUUCCUUGUUACUUGGAUAACGUCAUUUGUGAUGGUCAUAGUUCACGAGCGCGUGCCUGAUAUGAAACGAUAUCCGCCAUUGCCAGACAUUUUUCUCGACAACGUACCGCACAUACCUUGGGCAUUCCAUAUGUGCGAGAUCACAGGCACGUUGCUGUUCCUAAUCUGGAGCUGCGUUUGCAUCUUUCACAAAUACCGCCUUGUACUUUUGCGACGAUUCUUUGCUCUCGCUGGCACAGUGUUUCUUCUUCGAUGUGUCACAAUGUUGAUAACAUCGUUGAGUGUGCCAGGCACUCAUUUGCAGUGCAAUCAGAAGGAUUACGCAGUUGAUGAUACGGACCUGACUAUCACAGAAGCAUUGGAAUUGCGCAUUUCACGGGCCUAUACCAUUUGGAGUGGGCUAGGUAUGUCUAUUCAAGGAGUCCGUACAUGCGGCGAUUACAUGUUUAGUGGACAUACGGUAGCGCUGACACUGUUAAACUUUUUCAUUACUGAAUAUACACCGCGCAAUUUGUAUUUUUUGCACACGUUGACCUGGCUUUUGAAUAUGUUUGGCAUUUUUUUCAUACUCGCCGCACACGAGCACUACUCAAUAGAUGUAUUUGUCGCAUUUUACAUAACAUCGCGCCUCUUUCUGUAUUAUCACACGCUAGCCAAUAAUCAGGCUCUUAUGUCGCAUGAUUCAAACCGUACCCGCAUCUGGUUUCCAAUGUUUAGCUAUUUUGAGAGCUCUAUAGAUGGCAUCGUACCCAAUGAAUUUGACAGCAUCGGAGCUCUGAUUGAUGGUAUGCUCCAGUUGGUUUUAAAUGUCAAAGACACUUGUAUGCUAACAGCGCGUCGCAUUUGGAUUGAUACCCCACAUUUAUAUCUAAGCAGUGGAAACCGACCGUUUAAAUCGGAUUCAUCGGAGCCGCUUAAAGCGGUGAAUAAGCAGCUGGCUGGCAGCGUUUGUAACAUUCAACCUGCGAAUUCAACACAAACUUCCCCCGACGUAAGUAAAAAGGGAACAUUAAAGUCUUCAGAAUCGCCUUCAGAAAGUGCCACGACAAAGUCAUCGGCACCAAAUAACUGUACAAAAUUGGACAAAAAGCAGCUGUAGUUAAAAUGCACACAGUCUUAGGCACACAUUUGGCAUUUAUGAUAUUUUAACUAUACAUCCAGUAAUCGUAAAUAUAUAGAAAACCAAUAUUUUUAUUAUGUAAGAUAAUUUUAUAUUUAAGUGUUUCAAUCAUUACAUUCCCCCAUGUACAUACAUAGUAUGUAUGUAUACAUAUUUAGCUAGUAAAAUAUCAAACAUACACGUGCAUAUAUGGACUCCAUGCAGUACUCGUAAAUAAAUAUUCUAGUGAAUUAACAGAUGAGGCAUUGACUGAUUUGCUAGUUAUUGAGUUAUAUUUGGAACGAAUGCGUAGGUUCGAGACCGAUGGAGAUAAUAAAUUAGAAUUUAUAUCAAAUGUAAGUUAUUAAGUUAUUAAAUUCAAUUAAAAAUUUGAAAAGCGAAAAUGUUUUCAAUCUUGCUAAUACUUCGGCUAUUGUGUCUACUGCAAUAAACAUUUGGGGCCUUACACAUUUUGCUUAGUCCCUAGUCGAGAUUCUCCUUCAAUUUGUGGU